AUGGCUUCAUUAGGUUCAGAUUUAAGUAAGACGAAUUUCAAUGAAGUUUUCAAAAGCGAACCAUUUGGAGAUUGGAUUCGUGGAAUCUCACUGAUUUAUCUGCCUGAGUCCAGCUCAGAUUUUCUCGCCAGUGACGUCAUAUUGGUCGCCGUUGGAAGUCAGGAUAACCUUGUUCAAAUUUUUGGAGUUUACAAAAACGACAGGGAUGGAUCUCUUGAUGACACUGAGUCUUCGCUUAGAAAGACUCAGAUUGUGUUCUCAGUGCAAUUUCUGAACUACAAAUUUUCACAAAGAGAAAUUGCCCUCCUUUCCUCCAGUUUUGACCGCUCUGUAGUUUUAUGGUCUUUCACGUUAGUAGAUGCUCAGACUGGGCUGUGUAAUCUCGGUGUGAAUGGAGGUGAGAGUAACUUGUCUUCGAAUGCUGUGUGGGAAGACGUGAUGCGAGUAGGGGACGUUGGAGGAAAUGAUUUAGGAUUUUAUGGGGCAGCGAUCAACCCAUCAAACACCUGUAUAGUCGCAUACAACUACACAGGGUCUAUUCUUUCAUGGAGCUGCAAUCAGUCGACAAUAGAAACCCCGUCUCUCUCUUAUUCCGAUCUCACCUGGUCAAAUUCAUUAACUUCUUCAGGUCAUUUUUACCCGCCCACUUCGAUUUCAUGGAACCCUGCUGGAUGCGAUGAUAAUUUUACCAACUCUGAAGAUGUCGCCACUGAUGGCAAAGGAGAUAGAGACACGCGAAGAGCAAGGUACUUUGUGACUGCGGGCAAAGACAAGAUAGUUCGAGCGAUGGCCCAGAUAGAGUUGCCGGCGGAGGAGGGAAAAGAGAAAGCAGUAAUUUGGCAGGAAAUCGGCAGACCUCAAAUUCACGGCCACGAAAUGAACAAUCUCUCGCUUCUAAAUGACGUCACACUGGUUUCAUGUGGGGACGAGAAAGUAGUGAGAGUAUUUGACUGUACUUCAACUUUCACUGAAGUUUUCGACACAUUUAGCCCGAAGUGUAGAUUACAAGUUCCGAAGGGUGUUGAGAUAUCGAAAACGGCGGCGGUUCCCGCUUUGGGUCUUUCGAACAAAGGUUUUGAAGAUCCCGACCAUUCAAUACACCAAUUCGCCCAUCAAAAGACGUUUACGAACAAUAGCAACAGCGAUGGAAACGAACUGGCGUCUCUUUUCACGAAUUCCCAUUUGCCAGAAAACACUCUGUGGAGUGAGAAGAUUAAACUGUACGGACAUGGGAAUGAAGUGUAUUGUUUGACCAGCUGCUAUUCGGACAGGGCGAAACUGAUUGCCUCUGCUUGCAAGGCAACUUCGAUUGACACAGCCUGUAUACUUCUAUGGCAGUAUGGAUCCUCCUCGGACCAAAUUGACCUCAUAGACAAUCAGGGAGGUCAAGGUCACACACUAACGGUCACUGACCUCAAUUUCUCUCCAGAUUCGAAUUUCCUGCUGUCGGUGUCAAGAGAUAGAAGCUACUGUGUGUUCGCUGUGUUGCCGAAUCGGGAAGAGAAUAAAUCGUGUUUUCAACUCGCGCUGCAGCACAAAGUAGAGCAUCACAAGAGAAUUAUCUGGAAAAGUUGCUGGCUCAAACAAGAUAAACCAAAUCAAUAUUCGUUCUUGACAGCAUCGCGCGACAAGUCCAUAGCUCUGUGGAAUUUUUCCAAGAUAUCUGACUUCAAUUUUGAUUGGCUGGCGAAAAUUACCAAUGAGAAUGAAAUUGAAGCGACGAAUGAGCUUAUUGUAAAACCCGAGUUGAAUUGCAAGCACACGUUUUCGAGUGGUGUUACGGCCUUAGACGUUGUUAAUGUUAUUAUCGAUGGAUCAGAAAAAUAUCAUUUGGUGUCUGUUGGAUUGGAAACAGGUCUUAUUUUGUUGCUUAAACUUCAGGAAACGGACUCGAAAGUGAACAAGUGUGAAUUUGAGACUAUAAAAAAGCUUGAUGAGUUCAAUUCACAUGUUUUGGAUGUAAAUUGCGUCAAGUUUAGCUCGCGAGAAUUUGUUGUCAAGGAGAGUGCUUCCGAAGAACGAGAUUAUGAUGAAAAUUGUUUAUGGUUAACAACUGCAUCAAAUGAUCAUAUUGUGAAGCUAUUUAAAAUCGAAAUGAUGAGUUGA